AUGGCCUGGCAAAAGAACAUCCUUCCUCUUUUGAUGCUGUUGCAUCUGUCGACUUUUGCUUUCGGAUUUGACUUGCGCCACGCCCCUCGUUAUGCGAACUCGUCGUCUGCAAUUUCGUUUUCACGAAGCAGUCGCUCCAGCACGUCGCCUGUGUAUCAUAGCAGCCGGUCUGCUGCAACGACGUUGUCAAGCGUGCCUGUUCCUUCCUCGGCUCAUUCCUCCUCGACCGGCCCUAGCCGCUCGAUCAAGAGCUCAGCAGCUGCAGGACAGUCAAAAUAUACGCCUUCGUCCUCUUCCAAAACAGUCCACGAUGUCUCGAAAAGCACUCCUCAGAGUCAUACAUCAGGAGCCAGUCGAGAAACUAUCCCAGGAACUAUUCGAGAAACUACUUCAAAAGCCACUACAGGAACGACCUCAGAAAUUACUCCAGGAACAACUGCAGAAACCACGUCAUCUUCCGCGGCAAUCAUCGCAGCUUCUUUGACCAGCACAAUUACCUCACCACCCUCCGGGUUCUCGACUGUUUAUGUGACGAAUAGUCAAUGGACGGCCAAUACACUGGUGACCACUACCGACGCGCAUGGACAGCACACUAUCGUCCCGGUCCUCUGGCAUCACGGAGGCGGGAUCGAACUCUGGGGAUUGCCAAAGCUUCCUAAGGUUGCUUUUAAAUUACCAGGACUUCCUGAGUUCUGCCUGUUUUCCUGUGGCUCCGGUUCAGAACCGGGAGUUCCUGUAGUUGAGGGAGGUGGUAAUCCCGACGACAGCGAGCCCAAGAACAGCGAACCCCAUAACAGCGAGCCAACUACCGAGGAGUCAUCGACCAAAACGACCUCUCACACCUCCAGCACAACAUCCACUUCAUGUUCUCAACAUGCGGUGACAGAUACUUAUGUAUCUUGCACCACCGCUACGAGUGGAGUUUCGACAAUAUGCAAAACCUCCUACUCGACCAUCACGGGGUGUUCCGUAACAGGCACUGCGACAACCACGUUUGCAUCUUGUUCUUCCGGGGGCACGGCCAGUGGCUGUCCAACUCUAGAGACAGAUCCGCUCACGGAAAUCGAUAUGCUUUGGGCCGAUGAUGACGAGGACAUCACUACGCCUGCAUCGACAACCUCUAGAAGUUCAGAAACCACUACUCGACAGCAGUCGAGCAGUUCAACCUUGUCGCAUUCCCAGCACAGCGGUUCAAGCUCCCCUGCUGCUUCGCCGCGACUCACAACUGCGAGCAAGACCACGACUACGCAUGUAACAUCAAAGGCUUCUACCUCGACACACGCAGCAUCUUCAACACACAUGCAAUCAUCGACACACUCACAAUCUUCAACACACACGGAAUCUUCAAAACACACAGAAGUCUCGACACACACGGAAUCUCCGACACUAACAGAUCAUCCAACGCACACAAUAACAACAACCCAUCACUCAUAUACAUACACAAAUUUAGUGGAUGGUAAUAUCUACGCUUGUGAGAGCUCCUCUGUUGGAAAUGGUGAUGGUUUCCCAUAUACCGUGUGUGAGGGAUCCAGCACCAAAGUCGGAACAGACACUGCAUUUCCAAAACCAACUCCCUCCUACCAAGAUGGUACUUGCCGUUUGCACAUUAUCGAGGCUUCGGAAAGUGCAUACGAGACUUUCUUUGCCGGGCUUUAUGUCUAUGACGGGGGCAACAAACAGCUCAAAAACCAGACCUGGCAGAAGAGGAACUGGGGAGACACACUCACCAUUCGCUCCACAGACAGCAAACUGCCCUAUGAUGUUUCCGCCACGUUUGUAAAGGGAGAAUAUGUCACUAUUGGAAAAGAAAAAAGGGUGGCACCACCGCCCAUUAAGCCAGGAAUUAUGGCCUUUGAAAAGUGGCCGAUCGAUAUCGCGUACGGCCCGACCAAAUGGAGUUCCUCUGAUCAAGAUGAGAGUAAACUUCCUAACUGUCAGGUUGGUGGCUGGGACAAUGGUAACUUUGUAGAUUGGCUUGAAGCGGUGGAGACCUUUGGUAUGGUGCAACAAGUACCGAAAUACGAGACAGACGAGACGCUCGGUGUUCCUCGUUCUCAACAUUAUUCUAAGCUUGUCAUGGGGCUCACCUCGACAGCUGACAGCAUGGGGCCAGCAAAGAAGGUCAGCAUAGUCUAUUCCUACGAGGUCAAGGGCCCCAGAUUGAUUAGAUCAGAAAUGCAAUUGUGGUAUGUAGUUGUAUCGUACGACUGUUCGUACAUCUCUAGCAGAGGUUAUGUAGCGAAGAGACAGUCAACUAUGGCAAGAAGCAUCCUUUCCACAAAUCAGGAGAAUCACGGAAUGAUUGCAACUCUCCAUCGAUGGUACCGUGGAACAUUAUAUCAAGCCGUCAUUCUUGGUCUCGUGAGCUUUACUCAGCCAGGCAUUUGGGAUGCAUUAAACAAAACGUCUGAGAAUCGAUGGUCAGGUCUUGGUGCCGGCGGUCUUGCAACGCCAUACUUUGUCAACGCCUCCAAUGCCAUUACUUAUGUGAUUAUGAUCGUCACAUGCCCGCUCUUUGCGAUCGCCGGUAACCGCUUCUCCAAUCUGAAAUGGGUUCUCGUUUCUGGAACGAUAGGCUAUGUUCCAUAUUUUGCAGCGUUGUACUGCAAUAGUGUCUAUGGCACGGAGUGGUUUUUGCUAUUCGGGGCCGUCACUUGUGGAUUUUCAGCAGCUGCCCUGUGGGUUUCCGAAGCUGCAAUAGCUGUUGGCUACCCAGAGCCCGAUAGGAGUGGAACGUACAGAUCAAUUAUUGGCAAUUCGGUCCAGUUCGCAUUGAAUGUCGGUGACUCCAAGCAGGGAAGUAUUAGUCCAAAUACAUAUCUCGUAAUGAUCGGACUUUCAUGCGCAGGACUUCCUCUGGCGUUGACCAUCUCUCCACCCCAGGGACUCAUUCGAAAAGAUGGGAAACAGCCUACGUUCAGUUCAGAAAAGGAGGUUUCGCUACUGGGAGGUCUCCGCAAUAUCUGGAAGGCGUUGAAAAAGAGACACAUUCUCCUCUUGCUGCCGAUCUUCACUACCGUUCGCUGGAGCGGGACAUACCAAGGGAUGUACUUGACCACGUAUUUUUCCGUGAGAGGCAGAGCUCUAGCUGGAUUUGUCUCAACACUCUGUGGAACAACAGCGACUGUCCUGUGGGGUUGGUUGUUAGACUCAAAGAGGAUCUUCCGGACAAGAUGGGCGCUUGCAAAUGCAGGGUGGUGGACCAUGUUGGCUGUUUACACAGCACAGUGGAUUUAUAACUUCAUUCUCCAAGUCGAGAUGCAGAACACUCAUCCAAAUCCUGUGUUAGACAUCACGAGUCCCGGCUAUGCCAGGGCAAUGGCCGUAUACUGUCUUUACAGUAUCGGAAGCAACGCCUCCGUCGUCUGGACAUACUGGAUUUUGGGUACCUACGACAGUCAUGUAGAUACAUUGGCUUAUACCACGGCUCUGCUUCGCUCUGCUGAGAGCCUUGGCUUUGCGAUCGCAUAUGGAAUUGGGUCGAGCAGCCGUACAUCUCUGAUGACCAACUUGGUGGUUUCAUUUGUCGUCUUCUGGAUAAGUGUACCCUGCACGACCUAUGUGGCAUGGAAGGUCCAGGAAGGAAAUCCGGCAGAUGACAAGAGUACAUCAUACUAG